AUGACCUCGCUUAUAUUUGGCGCGAAAUCCUCACCGUGUAGCGCCUUAUAUAUCAAGAACUUAAACGCCAAGGAAUUCGUAAACUCCAUGCCUGAAGCAACUAUGGCCAUUGUAGACAACUGUUACAUGGACGACCUACUAGACAGCUGCGAAUCUGCGGACGAUGCGAUCAAGGUGAUCCGGGAAAUUAUAGAGAAUAACCGGCAGGGGGGCUUUGAGAUGCACGGAUGGGCUAGCAACAAUCCAGAGGUAUUAAAUGCCGUACCGGCUUCCGAUCGAGCCUCCGGGACAGUCGUACUCGGAACGCCCGAUCCCGCCAAAGAAAACGAAAAAGCCCUCGGCUUACAAUGGAAUACCCUCUCGGACUCGUUCACGUUCAACAUAGGGUUGAACAAAAUCCCGCACGAGAUACUCACGGGGUUGAGCCGACCAUCGAAAAGAGAAUUUCUAAAAAUUAUAAUGUCUAUCUUCGACCCCUUGGGUUUCCUAGCACCGUUCCUGAUCAGAUCUAAAAUCAUAAUGCAGGACGUAUGGGUCAGCGGUAUUCAGUGGGAUAGCAUCCUAGCCGACAACGAAUUUUCCGCGUGGCAAGCAUGGAUCAGCGAUCUACCGAAGAUCAGCCUAUGCUCUAUACCAAGGCACUAUCUGGCAUCUGACGUCAAAGCUGAAUCGAUAGAAUUACACGUUUUCUGUGACGCGAGUGCAAAAGCAUACGCGACGGUGGGCUACUGGAGGUUCCGACUCGAGAACGGAUUGUUCCAAACGAGCGUCAUAGCGUCGAAGAGCAGAGUGAGCCUGUUGAAACUACUAUCGAUCCCCCGCCUUGAAUUACAAGCAGCCGUGAUAGCGAGCCGUCUCGCCAAAACCAUAGAAUCCGAACACAAAUCUCGAGUAGAUCGGCGCAUUUUCUGGUCGGAUUCGCGCACAGUCCUAUUAUGGGCUAAAACAGAACCCCGGUUAUAUCAAGCCUUUGUGUCCCACCGAUUAGGUGAAAUAAGUGAACUCACGGAAACUUCUGAGUGGAGAUGGGUCCCGUCGGAACAGAAUCCGGCCGAUGAUGCGACAAGAUGCACAACCGUGGCCUUGGACGUAAAUGAACGUUGGUUUAAGGGCCCUUCAUUCCUGCGGUCGAGUGAAGCUGACUGGCCAAGUCAGACAUGCUUAUCAGCGCAAAAUGAUGCGUUAUUCAACUCGGAAAGAAAAAGAGAAUUCGUAGCGGUAAGAACGCAAAGCCGCGCGUCAUGUCUGCCGGAUGCCACAAGGUUCUCCGUCUGGAAGCGCCUAUUACGUACCACGGCUUGGGUUUUGCUAGCAAUGGACCGGUUUAAAACAAAACGAAAAAUCGAACUUUCGACCGAGUACCUAGAGGAAGCCGAAGAACUAUUAGUGCGCGGAGCGCAAUCAGACUGCUUCCAAACCGAGAUCAGGGCUUUGGAACGUGGACACACCUUAAGUAAGAAUAGCCGCAUUGCGGCACUGACACCCACUGUGGACCAUAAAGGUCUCCUACGGGUGAGAGGUCGCGCCAAGAACGUCCCUGACACCUCUUUCAACAACCAGCCUCCGAUAUUGGACGAAAAACAUCCAGUAACUCGACUGCUGAUCAAGCACUACCACGAAAAAGCGAAUCACUGCGGAAGAGAAACAGUCGUCAACGAGAUCAGACAAAGGUACUGCGUCGUUGGGCUCAGGAACGCUCUCCGAUCAGUUAGCAGCAAAUGCCAGCUUUGUCGAUUAAAAUGGGCCAAGCCACAACAACCGGUCAUGGUAGACCUGCCGCCCGCCAGAACAGCCCACCACCAACGCCCGUUUAGCCAUUGCGGGGUAGACUACUUUGGGCCCAUGACAGUGACGAUAGGAAGACGCCGAGAAAAGCGCUGGGGUGUACUGUUCACCUGCUUGAUAUCCAGAGCCAUCCAUCUUGAGCUGGCGCAUAGCCUGAGCACGGACUCAGCGAUAAUGGCUAUCCGGCGCUUGGCAGCGCGACGAGGCCAACCGAUCGCCAUGUACUCGGAUAACGGUACGAACUUUAGAGGAGCCGACAAUGAGUUACGAGACCUAGUAGCGAACCUAGACCCUAAGUUACAGCGAGAGUACGCCAUCAACAACAGGAUGAAAUGGUACUUCAACCCUCCGGCUGCACCACAUAUGGGCGGAGCAUGGGAGCGCAUGGUACGUUCCGUCAAGAUAGCCUUAGCGGCCGUUUUGAAAGAACAGGCACCCCGAGAAGAAACUCUCACCACCCUGCUGGCCGAAGCCGAGCAUUCAGUAAAUUCGCGCCCCUUGGCACGCGUCUCUCUGGACUCAGGCGACACAGAGACAUUAACACCGAACCAUUUUUUGAUUGGGUCUUCAUCUGGCGGCAACGCUUUCCAAAAAUACGAGGCUCAGAAUACCUGCCCUCGAAAACAAUGGGAAAUAGCACAGAGACUAGCAGACGGAUUCUGGAAGCGAUAUCUGAAGGAAUACCUCCCUACUUUACUCCCGAGAAAAAAGUGGACAAUCGAAACGGAACCCAUCAGAGAAGGUGAUGUUGUCUUGAUAGCCGAUCUCCAGGCUUCAAGGAACGAGUGGCACAAGGCAGUAGUGGAAAAGGCGUUCCCUGGAGCACGUCCGCGUAGCAGAACUGAGGACCACAAAAGGAAGACUGCUACGACCGACCAUGAAACUUAUUAA